AUGGCGUCCAUGGAGAGCUUGAUCGCCCUCGUCAACCGCAUUCAGAGAGCCUGCACUAUCCUCGGUGACCACGGCGCCGGCGACGGCUCCUUGCCUACUCUCUGGGAGGAGCUUCCCUCCGUCGUCGUUGUCGGAGGUCAGAGUUCGGGCAAGUCGUCGGUGUUGGAGAGCAUCGUCGGCCGCGAUUUUCUUCCGAGAGGAUCAGGGAUUGUGACAAGGAGGCCUUUGGUGUUGCAGCUGCACAAGUUAGAAUCAGGGGUGCAGGAGUAUGCUGAGUUCCUCCACUUGGAGAAUAAAAGGUUCACUGAUUUCGCUGCAGUUCGGAAGGAAAUUCAGGUUGAAACUGACAGGUUGACAGGGAAAUCAAAUCGGAUUUCUAAUGUUCCUAUUCAUCUCAGUAUAUACUCCCCAAAUGUUGUCAAUCUAACAUUGAUAGAUUUGCCUGGCUUAACUAAGGUUGCUGUAGAGGGACAACCAGAGAGUAUUGUUCAAGAUAUAGAAAACAUGGUUCGUUCGUAUAUAGCAAAGCCUAACUGCAUAAUUCUAGCAAUAACUCCAGCGAAUCAAGAUGUAGCAACAUCUGAUGCUAUCAAGAUCGCAAGAGAAGUAGAUCCUACUGGUGAAAGGACAUUUGGUGUGUUGACAAAGCUUGAUUUAAUGGAUAGGGGAACUAAUGCUUUGGAUGUUCUGGAAGGAAGAUCUUAUAGGCUUAAACACCCUUGGGUUGGAAUUGUGAACCGUUCACAAGCUGACAUUAAUACAAAUAUGGACAUGAUUGCUGCAAGGAGGAGAGAGGGUGACUAUUUUUCUACUAGUACAGAGUAUGGACAUUUGGCCAGCAAAAUGGGUUCGGAGUAUCUUGGAAAACUUCUCUCCAAGCAUUUAGAGUCUGUAAUUAAAGCUCGACUUCCAGCAAUUGCUUCUAUGAUCAACAAAAGCAUUGACGAACUUGAAUCUGAAUUGGAUCAGCUUGGUAAACCUGUUGCUAUUGAUGCAGGGGCCCAGUUAUAUACUAUCUUAGAGCUGUGCCGGUCAUUUGAUCGGAUAUUUAAGGAACACUUGGAUGGAGGACGACCUGGUGGUGAUCGGAUAUAUACAGUAUUUGAAUACAAGUUACCAGUUGAUUUGAGAAGGCUUCCUUUUGACCGUCAUCUUUCAUUCCAAAAUGUAAGGAAAGCGGUCUCUCAGGCAGAUGGUUACCAACCUCAUCUAAUUGCUCCUGAGCAAGGUUAUCGGCGCCUCAUUGAGAGUUCACUCAACUUUUUUAGAGCCCCAGCCCAAUCUUCAGUAGAUGAAGUUCACUUUCUUUUGAAGGAAAUCGUGAGAAUGUCAAUCAGAGAAACUCAGGAGUUGAGGCGCUUCCCAACUCUUCAAGCAGAAUUGGCAGCAGCCGCUUAUGAAUCUCUGGAGAGGUUUCGGGAAGGCAGCAAGAAAACGGUUUUGCGAUUGGUGGACAUGGAAUCUUCAUAUCUGACAGUGGAUUUCUUCCGGAAACUCCCUCAAGAAGUGGAGAGGGGAGAAGGACCUUUAUCCGCAGCCUCUGAAGAUCGUUAUUCUGAAGGGCACUUCCGCAGGAUUGGAUCAAAUGUUUCCUCCUAUAUUGGGAUGGUGUCAGAGACACUGAGAAACGCUAUACCAAAAGCUGUUGUUCAUUGUCAAGUGAGGGAGGCUAAGCGGUGUUUGCUCGAUCACUUCUACACUCAACUAGGCAGAAAGGAGGGGAAGCAACUUGCACAACUGCUUGAUGAAAAUCUUGAACUGCUGGAGAGGAGACAACAAUGUGCCAAGAGGCUUCAACUAUGCAAGGCUGCGAGGGAUGAAAUUGACUCAGUUUCAUGGUCUAGAUGA